AUGGGCAAUUCCCAGUACAGCUCCUCCCGCAAGUCGUCCUCGAGCAGGGAUCCGCUCAGCGAUGCUCGCCUGAACAGCUUCAUGCAGGACGACGGCUUGGCCUACCAGCAGCGGCUAUUGAGCGGUAGCGCCAGGUCAUCGUCGUCAUCCACGUCGCGGGGCAGUGCACAGCCCUCGUCCUACUCCUCCUCGUCCUACCGCAGCUACUAUUCGUCGUCCUCUUCGGCGUACGGCUCCUCCUCCUACUCCUACGGCGGUGCACAGCCACAACCUCGCCCCAGGCAGUAG